GAAAGGAUGAAUUGGCAUGUACGCUCCUUCAGCAGAUCAUGAUGUAUGGCACCGCAACAGCAUAUACAAUCACUUCUGCGAUCAGCAUGAGGAGGGAGGGCCUAUUGGUAUUCAUCACAGAUUUCAGAGCAGGCCUGAUAUCAACCGUGAAGGAAACCGAAGGACCUGUAACUUUUGAAAAUCCAGCUCAGCCUAGCCCUCCAGAUGCUUGAAGUACUUCAUAUUAUAAAAACCCAACUCCUCACUGUGAAGCAAACCAGAGGAAUGCAAGAAAUGGAAAUCGACAAGAAAGGUUCCAACUCCGACGAAAUAUCGACUUGCAGCCAGGAAGAUAACGAAAACGUGAUAAGGACUGGAACUACAUGGACAUCUGUUGCCCAUAUUAUUACGGCCGUGAUUGGUGCCGGAGUCUUGUCUCUUGCAUGGAGCAUUGCGCAGUUGGGAUGGAUAGCUGGUCCUGCUAUGAUGAUACUUUUUGCAAUCGUCACUUGCAUUUCUUCUUUCAUGCUCUCAGAUUGUUAUAGAUCACCAGAUCCUGUCACAGGAAGACGAAACCACACAUACAUGAGUGCUGUUAGAAUCAAUCUUGGUAAAAAGCAGGUAUGGAUUUGUGGGCUGAUUCAGUAUGCCACACUGUAUGGAAUGGGUAUUGCUUAUACAGUCACUACUUCAACCAGCAUGAGAGCCAUCCAGAGGUCCAACUGUUUUCACAGAGAAGGACAUCAAGCAGCCUGUACAUAUGGUGAUAGCUUGUACAUGCUGGCAUUUGGGCUUAUUCAGAUUAUAUGCUCCCAGAUACCAGAUUUCCAUAACAUGAGCUGGCUUUCAACUGUAGCUGCUAUCAUGUCUUUCUGUUAUUCAACAAUUGGGUUUGGACUAGGCGUUGCGAAAGUAAUUGAAAACGGGAAAGCUUACGGAACCAUAGAAGGAGUUCCUAGUAGUCAGAAGGUAUGGAAGGUUUCACAAGCGCUGGGCGAUAUAGCAUUCGCAUAUCCAUAUUCCAUGAUCCUUCUUGAGGUUGAGGACACUAUCAGGUCCCCGCCGCCUGAGAACCGCACCAUGAAGAAGGCGUCGGCCGCUGCCAUCGCCAUAACGACUUUCUUCUACCUCUGCUGUGGCUGCUUCGGCUAUGCUGCAUUUGGGAAUGCAACGCCUGGAAAUCUCCUCACAGGGUUUGGGUUCUAUGAGCCCUACUGGCUUAUUGACUUCGCCAACGCAUGCAUCGUCGUCCAUUUAAUUGGCGGCUACCAGGUGUACAGCCAACCGGUGUUUGCAUUUAUAGAGAAGUGUCUCUCUUCCAAGUACCCCAACCAAGGGUUCAUCCAUAAAUUCUACACUAUAAAGAUCCCCUGCCUGCCGCCCUACAGAACCAACCUCUUCAGGAUAUGCUUCAGGACUGCCUAUGUCGCGUCAUCCACAGGGAUAGCGAUGUUGUUCCCUUAUUUCAACGAGGUGUUGGGUGUCUUGGGUGCCCUCAAUUUCUGGCCUUUGACCAUCUACUUCCCAGUUCAGAUGUACUUUGUGCAGAAAAAAGUGAGGAGGUGGUCGCAGAAUUGGAUCCUCUUGCAGUCUUUUAGUCUCGUAUGCUUGUUCAUUUCUUUGUUUUCUCUGGUGGGUUCCAUUGAAGGGCUUAUAAGUGAAAAGUUAAGCUAGAGACGUGGCUGAUAGCCUUAUAGCUGUAGGGGCAAUAUUACACGUCACUCUUUUGUAUAAAUGUGGGGCACAUUGUGUUGCCACCUUCUGUUCGUGAAUAAACGUGUAAAUUUUUUUA